AUAUUAAACAAGGCCCCGAAUGUCCAGAACAAACAGAAAAUCGUGAAAAACCGAUGACGAACAGGUGGUUUACGGGAGGAGGGUAAGGUUCACGUAAUUUCUGUACGGUACGCGAACGUUCUAGAGUCAAGAACGUAGUUAGUUGAUAAACAAACGAGUGUGUUAAGUUGCGGCGAAGCGGGACGGGCGGCGCGGCGACUCGAGUUUUCUCGAAUAUUCCCUGGACUAUAUAAACGCGAACGGCGCGCUACCCCAAAACAGUUGUUACGUGAACCCGUGACUCGUACGAAGUAUUCGUUAGCGCAACGCUAUUCGUAGGCGUUUCAUCAUUAAAUUCGUUGUAAGUCUUAUUGUUCGACACGUGUGCACUGCAUAACUGCUCGGCUGGACUGUGUAUUUUUUGGAAAUCUGAAAUUUAUUCGUGAUUUUCGAACGCGUAAUUAACGUAACCCUACGGUACAAACGAUGGCAGCGAAGACGGCAAUCGGUAUCGAUCUCGGGACCACAUACUCGUGCGUGGGCGUGUGGCAAAACGGCAAGGUGGAGAUAAUCGCCAACGACCAGGGCAACAGGACGACGCCUAGCUACGUGGCGUUCACGGACACGGAGCGGUUGAUCGGCGAUGCGGCCAAGAAUCAGGUGGCGCUGAACCCCAAGAACACGGUGUUCGACGCGAAACGUUUGAUCGGCCGUCGGUGGGACGACGAGAAGACGCAGGCGGACAUGAAGCACUGGCCGUUCGAGGUGGCCAACGAUAGCGGCAAGCCGAAGAUCCGCGUGUCGUUCCGCGGCGAAAGCAAAUCUUUCGCGCCCGAGGAGAUCAGCUCGAUGGUGCUGGCCAAGAUGAAGGAAACGGCCGAGGCGUACCUGGGGCGGGCGGUGACAGACGCGGUGAUCACGGUGCCGGCGUACUUCAACGAUUCGCAGCGGCAGGCGACCAAGGACGCCGGGGCGAUAGCCGGCCUGAACGUGAUGCGCAUCAUCAACGAGCCGACGGCCGCGGCACUGGCCUACGGUCUGGACAAGAACCUACGGGGCGAGAAGAACGUGCUGAUAUUCGACCUGGGCGGUGGCACGUUCGAUGUGUCCGUGCUGCAGAUCGACCAGGGAUCGAUAUUCGAGGUCAAGUCAACGGCGGGUGACACGCACCUGGGUGGCGAGGACUUCGACAAUCGGCUGGUCUCGCAUCUGGCCGAUGAGUUCAUGCGCAAGUACAAACGCGACGUGCGUGGUAACCCGCGCGCACUACGACGGCUGCGCACCGCCGCGGAGCGGGCCAAGCGCACGUUGUCAUCCAGCUCCGAGGCCACCGUGGAGAUUGACGCGCUGCUCGACGGCGUCGACUUCUAUACGCGCGUGUCCCGCGCUCGGUUCGAGGAGAUGUGCGCGGACCUGUUCCGGUCCACGCUGCAGCCGGUAGAGAAGGCCUUGCGGGACGCCAAGCUGGACAAGGGGGCCGUGCACGACGUGGUGCUGGUGGGCGGCUCCACCAGGAUACCCAAGAUCCAAAGCCUGUUGCAGAACUUCUUCGGCGGCAAGACGCUCAACCUGUCCAUCAACCCGGACGAAGCAGUAGCGUACGGCGCAGCCGUGCAGGCGGCCAUCCUGGCUGGCGACACCAGCUCGGCCAUCCAGGACGUGUUGCUGGUGGACGUGGCACCCCUGUCGCUGGGCAUCGAGACCGCGGGUGGCGUCAUGACCAAAAUCGUCGAGCGCAACUCUACCAUCCCGUGCAAGCAGACACAGACGUUCACCACGUACGCGGACAACCAGCCGGCCGUCACCAUCCAAGUGUUCGAGGGCGAACGGGCUAUGACCAAGGACAACAAUUUGCUGGGCACGUUUGACCUGACGGGCAUACCCCCCGCCCCACGCGGCGUGCCCAAAAUCGAGGUCACCUUCGACCUGGACGCCAACGGUAUACUGAACGUGUCAGCCAAGGACAACAGUUCCGGUCGGUCCAAGAAUAUUGUCAUCAAAAAUGACAAGGGCCGUCUGUCCCAGGCCGAGAUCGACCGUAUGCUCAGUGAGGCGGAACGGUACAAGGAGGAGGAUGAACAGCAGAAGCAGAGGAUCACGGCCAAGAACAAGUUGGAGAGCUACGUGUUCGGCGUGAAACAGGCGUUGGACGAAGCGGCCGACGGCAAGUUGACCGAGUCCGAGAAGAACGCUUGCAGGCGGGACUGUGACGCGGUCGUUCAGUGGUUGGACUGCAACCAGUUGGCCAGCAAGGAAGAGUUUGAGUUCAAAAUGAAGGAGAUUCAAAAGAGUUGUUCCGGUGUGAUGAUGAAAUUGCAUGGUGGCGGAUCUCAAACGCCAUCCGGCGGUGGUCCAACAGUGGACGAAGUCGACUAAUACAUCAAAAUCCCACUUAUUAUAAUGACCUAUUUUUCUUUGAACGCCUACUUCGCGUGUACUUAUUCCUAUCAUACACUUUUUUCUUAUAGACUGAUUAUGUAAUGUAACAUAGAGUUUCUAUUACUGUGCUGAUAAACUAUUUAGGGUAUAUAUGAACUUUUAGUUGUCACGUUUUUUCCAUAUUUAUGUAAGCAGUAGUAGUUUGGUGUUCACAUAAAUAA